GGUGAUAAAGAGAAUACUAGCUGGAAGAAUCAGGUGUACACUGUCGUAUACGUCCAUAGCUACCACGUUAUCCACGUUUUGAUAUUAAUUCAAAAAGUGAUUUUUGCGGAAGAAAUCUGCGUUCAAACGUGUUUUUUAUUGUAAAAUUUGUUUGGAAUACACAAGUGUAAAAACUAGCUCUAAAACAAUGGUUGGUAAAACUUCCGGGCCUCAAUUAGAGCAACGAAUUCAGUGUAUAAAAUUUACCAUUUUCUGCUUGAAUGCCAUCAUAUGGCUACUUGGAAGCUCAAUGUUUGGAUUAUGCAUGUGGCUAAGGAUGGAUCCAGAUUUCCAGGAGUGGGUUGCGUUCCUUGAAAUAUAUGAAUUUUAUAUCGGCAUUUACAUCCUACUUGCGGCUUCGAUAUUUAUCGUAAUUAUUACGUUCAUUGGCUGUGGAGUCGCUCUUAUGGAACAUAUCCUUGGUCUCUACGUUUAUGUAGGAUUGCAAUUACUUUCCUACGUUCUUGGCCUGGCAGGGACAGCAGUUCUCCUCGAUUAUUCCACCUACGACAGUAAUAUUCAGCCGCUUAUACGACGAUCCAUGACUUCACUCAUCAACAAUUACCACGAUCAAAGAUCGACGUACAUUCUACAAUUAAUUCAAGAGAGUAUCGGUUGCUGUGGUGCCGAUGGCCCGAUGGAUUAUAUAACCUUGAGGAAACCAUUACCCACUGAAUGUAGGAACACGGUUACUGGAAACGCCUUCUUCUACGGAUGUGUCGAAGAAAUUUCGUGGUUUCUGGAGGGUAGAUCGGGUUGGCUAGCUGGUUUAUCAUUGGGUCUAUGUCUGCUCCAUAUAAUAAUAGCUGCCCUAAGUCUAGCGCUGAUUCGAGCUAUUAAGAAGGAAGAAAAAUCCGUCACAUUCAAACAUUGAUUUGUAUUGAUUUAGUACAAUAAUAAAACUUGUAACGCCAGGAAGUAUAUAAAAUACCCAAAGUAAACCACAAAUAUUUAGGUGAUGAAACAAACGAGGUUUCAUAUUUUUGAUCAUUUUGAUACAAAUAUGAAUUGGCAUAGACAUUCGCAGUCUACUAAUGGCAAUCAAUGACAAUAUAAUAUUCACUUUGUGAAUUGAUAUCUAUGAAAAAAUGGACUGAAACGAAGAGAAACAGAUUUAAGAUCAAUGAGUCAGACAAUGUGCCGAGGAAAUAUAUGAAGAAUAUAGAAUAUUCUUCUUAAAUUCAUCUCUUUUUAAUUUUUACUUAUAAUAAUUACUCGCUAUAGCAUUUUUCAACGAAGUAGAAUACAUUCUCGGUAUCUAUAUACUGAAUGUAUUCUUAGCUGAAAGAAAUCUUUGUAGUGCUAUUCAGAGCAAAUGAAAAUUAGGUACACGUGCUUGUUCUAAAUUUAGAAUUAAACUUCAUUACGUAAUCUCUU